GUUCCCCACUGCUGUUCUGGGGGAGGCUCGGGGGGGGGGGCUCAGCCCAUCCCAUCCCACAGGGUCCCUCAUGGCUAAGCCGGAGCCAGAGCCGGUGCUGGAGCAGGCAGAGAAGAUGGAGGUGCCAGCCUGUGGCAGUGCAGCGCAGCUGGUGGUCCCCAAGGCCGAGGAGAUGGCUGGGGGUGACAGCGCAGAGCUGGGGGGCCUGGAGCUCAGCUGCUCAGAGGACUGGCUGGUGAGGAAGGUGAAGGUGGAGGAGGAGGAUGAAGAGUGGUCAGCUGGCGCCGGCACCGAGACCCUGCUGGCGGGGCAGGCUCCGGAUGGUGCCUUCCCCCACACCGCGGGCACACUGGACUGCGCCAGUGCCUGCGCCUGCAAACCAGAGCCGCUGCUCCCGGAGGAGCUGGGCUACGGCACGCUGCCCACCUUCACCCUGCCACCAUGGCCGCUGCUGGGCCAGAGCCCGGCCGGCGCUGGCGGCUGUGAGCGCUGCUGCCAGGCACAGCUGAGCCCAGGGCUGCCGGUGGGCGGCGGUGAUGGCAACGAUGGCGAUCCCCAGCCCGGUGGGUGCUGCGGGGCGCCGGCCCCAGAGCGGCCCUUUGCCUGUGCGCAGUGCGGGAAGGGCUUCGGCAAGAAGGCUCACCUGACGCGGCACCUGCGGGUGCACACGGGCGAGCGGCCCUACCCCUGCGGGCAGUGCGGGCGCCGGUUCCGGCAGAAGAUCCACCUGCGCUCGCACCAGAAGACGCACACGGGCGAGCGGCCCUUCCCCUGCCCCGAAUGCGGCCGCCGCUUCCGCAAGAAGACCCACCUGGUGCGGCACCACCGCACGCACACGGGCGAGCGGCCCUUCCCCUGCGCCCACUGCGGCCGCUGCUUCGCGCACAAGCAGCACCUCCUGCGGCACCAGCGCCUGCACGACGAGCCGGUGGAGGCAGCGGACGGUGAGGGGGUGCCGGUUGAGCAGAAGCCUUUCCCCUGCCCCGAGUGCGGGAAGAGCUUCAGCUGGAAGAAGAACCUGGCGUCGCACCGCCGCCUGCACCGUGAGGACCGGCCCUUCGCCUGCGCCGAGUGCGGCCGCGGCUUUGGCGACAAGCGGCACCUGACGGCACACCUGCGGGGGCACAUGGGGCUGAAGCCCUUUGCCUGCCCGCACUGCGAGAAGACCUUCAGCCACAAGCCCAACCUGGCCACGCACCAGCUGGCCCAUGCCGGCGAGCGGCCCUUCACCUGCCCACAGUGCGCCCGCGCCUUCGCCCUGCGCCAGCACCUCCUGCGGCACCUGCGGGUGCACACGGGCGAGCGGCCCUUCGCCUGCCCGCAGUGUGGCCGGCGCUUUGGCUCCCGGACCAACCUCGUGGCACACGCCAAGGUGCACGCCGGUGCCCGGCCCUUCGCCUGCGAGCUGUGCGGCCGCGGCUUCGGGCGCAAGUCGCACUUGGCACGGCACCAGGCGGUGCACACUGGCACCCGGCCCCACGCCUGUGCGCAGUGUGGCAAGCGCUUCAGCUCCAAGACCAACCUGGUGCGGCACCAGGCAGUGCACACCGGGCACCGGCCCUACAUCUGUACCCACUGCGGCAAGAGCUUCAGCCGCAAGACCCACCUCCUGCGCCACGAGCGCACGCACGCCACUGCCAGCACCGCCGCUGCCCACAGCGUGCCACAGCAGGGCUGGACGGCACCCGCCGCGCCGGCACCCACCGCGAUCUGCCCUGGGGCUCACUGCCAGCUCCUACCCACAGCCCCAGCCAGGCCGCAUCCUCCGGUGCCGGUUGGCCCCGGUGCCGUUCCCAAUUGCCACGGGCAGCGUUGCGCAGCGGCUCUGAACCGGCGAGCCGGGGGGGUACCACCCAAUAAACCGGAUCUGCUCGAACGAGCCAGGGCUCCAGCCCCACAACUGGAGGUCUCGGGGUGUGCAGGGCUGCCUCCCCCAUCACCCAUCUCCUCCUUUUUCCCCCCUGUGAAGCUGACAGAUCCAGGGUCCCCCGCUGGGAUGGAGGGUCACAGCGAAGCGGCUGCCAAGGAGGAGGAGGAGGAGGAAGAGGACGAGGAGGAAGGGGUGCGGAUCACUCCCCAGCUGCUGAAGGCCGCCACCGGCGAGUUUGCCCUGGAGUCCAUCCUGCUGUUGCGGCUGCGGGGCCGCGGCAUCGCGCACUUGGGCUGCCUGGGCGACUGCACCAACCUGGAGUGGCUGGACCUGUCCGGUAACACCAUCACCCAACUGGGGCCGCUGGCUGCCCUCCGCUCCCUCGCCGUCCUCAACCUGUCCCGCAACCGCGUGUCCAGCCUGGAGCCGCUCGCCUCCUGCCGCAGCCUGCAGAGCCUCAACCUGGCCGGCAACCUGGUGAGCAGCCUGCGGGCGCUGCGGUGCCUGGCGGGGCUGCGGCGCCUCGAGAGCCUGCGCCUGCGUGACCCCCUUGCCCGCCUCGACAACCCGCUCUGCUCCGGGGCCGCCUACCGCGACGCGCUGGCCGACAUGCUGCCCAGCCUCAAGGCCAUUGACGGCGAGCGGGUGGCCGGCCGCGGCAGCGAGCUCUACCAGCUCUGCCGGGAUCUCGACAGCUCGCUGGGACACAGUGCCGGUGGCGGUGCCGGUGCUGACCCGCCCCGCGCGGCUCAGCCCUGGGUAGAGGCCGGGUUCUGGGAGCCGCGGCCGCCGCGGCGCAGCUCCAUCAUGGAGGAGGCGUACAGGCAGUUCGGGGAGGUGCUGCGGGAGUGCCGGGAGCUGGGCCGCCGCGCCGACGACACCAUCGCCCAGGCGGAGCGGGCGCUCAGCACCCGCCAUGACCCCAGCUCCUUUAGGAGCCCCCUCCAUCCCAUUGGGGAUGCUGGGGGGCUGCGGGUGGCACCUACCGUGAGGGGCCGGGGCCUAGGCCGGCAGCCCCUUGGAGAAGGCAUACAUCCCGGGCAGGACACUGUCACCCCGACCCCCUCCCCACCACCCCCGGUGACACGGGGCCGGGGGCUCAGCUGCCUCUGCAUCCGCAGCGCUCACCCGCUCGACGGCCCCUUCCACCGCCUGCUCCUUGAAGAGGAAAUGCACGCUGCUGCGCCCGUGGAAAUAGUCCAGCACCUCCUUCACCACCCGCCGCUGCAGCGGGGACUGGCUGGCGGCAGCCAGGGCCACCAGGCCCAGGGCCGGCCCCGCUUGCGCAGCGGGUGUGCCCCCCCCCCUCCCCAAACCCACCCUCGGCACGGCCCCUCUGGCACAGCCACGCAGAACCUCCCGCGGGAGACAGAAGUUCUCGGUCAGCGUCUGCGGAACUGGCGUCGGCGCCGCACGAGGCCACUGGCAUCAACGGGAUGCGCCUGCCCGUCCUUUGGCAGCGGAGGUGCCCUCGACACCGCCUUCACCACGGACAAGCCCCAUCUGUUGGAACCCAAAACACUUAACGCUCGUUUAAUGGCCGACUGCAAAAACAGUAUCUUAGCGCUUUAUACAGGAGCAGGGCUGGGUGCUGGCGGUGGCCGGGACGCCGCACCGACCGGGGUCGGGCCUCUCGCUGCUGUCAGCCCCCCGGAGGUGCAGCCGCUGCCGGUACCGGAGCGGAGAGGGGGGGAGAAAGAGCGGUUUCUGCUGGUGCCGGCAGAGGGCGCUGCCGGCAGCGCUAGAGAAGCCGACCCGGAAGUGCUGUCGCGCAUCGGCGGGCACCGCCCCUUUUCCACCUCUUUUUCCUCCUCCUUUUCCUGCCUCCUUCCCCCCGCUCUGCCGCCGUGCGUGGUGACGUCACCGCCGCGACGACGUCAUCGUGUCGCGGGACAUCGCCCGCCCACAGAACGGAUCCGGGCCAGAGCCGGGGUCGGCGCCUUCCUCUCACCUAAAAUAACUCGGGGGAGGAGGAGGAGGAGGAAAAAAGAGGAGGAGGAGGGAUACAGACACAGCGGGGCCUCUCCCUGUGCGGCCGAGCUUCGCCUCUCGGCGCUCCCCCGCUCACCGGCGCUUCCCUCUCGCUCUGCCAGGGCCCGGCAGCAGCCAUUUGGAGGAAGUCGGGGACGAGCGGAGCCCGCGACCGUGGCGGAAGGCGGAGGGGAAGCACGGCCGCCGCCCGGCGCCCUCCCCGGCGCUCAUGUCCUCUCCCCUCGCCGGGCGGCCCCGAGGGGAGCCAUGUCUGCGGGGGGAGCGCCCCAGCCUCCCCACGCCCUGAACCUGCUGCCAUACCCCCGGCUGAGCGAGGUGCCAAGAGCCGGACAUGAGCUGGAUGCUGUCGGCACUGAGAUCCCGUCCGACCCCUGCACAGGCUACAGGUUCUUCAAGCCUGGCGGGUUGUUCGGCAUCAAGCAGUCGGAGGAGCCGUACCCCGAAGGGCAGCAGAUGCAGGAGGACAGCAAGAUCCUCGUGAGCCCCUGCGCGGUUGAGCCCGGCCGAGUGAACAAAGUCGAGCAGCCCGAGGAGAAGCCUGGGGUAGCUGCUGGGGCCCUGGAGCUGUACCCGGCCACCACCAGCAGCUCCAGCCGCUGGUUCCACGCUGGGCAGCGCGCGCCGGAGCGCGCCGGCACAGAGCGAGACGGCGCCGCCAGCCUCAGCCCGCUCUCCACCCGGGUGGCCUGCUGGGUGCCGCAGCUCGGUGCCGGCCCCUUCCGCUGCGCCCAGUGCGGGAAAGGGUUCCGCCAGAAGCAAAGUCUCAUCACGCACGAGAGGAUACACACCGGGGAGAAGCCUUACCGCUGCGGGGACUGCGGGAAGAGCUUCAGCCAGCGCCCCAACCUCCUGACCCACCGCCGCGUGCACACCGGGGAGCGCCCAUUCCCCUGCACGCAGUGUGGCAAGAGCUUCAGCCAGAAGGCCAACCUCCUGGCACACCAGCGCAUCCACGCCGCUGGGGACAAGGCACUAGCGGGGGGUGAGCAGGAGGAUGGCGGGUCCGGCAAGCCAAAGCUGCGAUCCCAAGGGAGGAGUUACCAGGAGGACACCCCCUUCGUCUGCCCUGAGUGUGGGAAGAGCUUUCGGCAGAAGCCCAACCUCAUCACCCACCGACGCAUCCACACUGGCGAGAGGCCCUUCACCUGCUUCCUCUGCGGCAGGAGCUUCAACCAGAAGACCAACCUGGUGACCCACUACCGCGUCCACACCGGGGAGCGCCCCUUCGCCUGCACCCAGUGCGGCAAGCGCUUCACCCAGAAAACCAACCUGGUGACGCAUCAGAGCACCCACACAGACCUCCGCCCCUUCCCCUGCGGGCAGUGCCAGAAGUGCUUCAAGGACAAGGUCUCCCUCAAAGCCCACCAGAAGACACAUGCCCCACGCCAGCGGCGCUGCCCGGGCCGCAGUCCCGCUGCCGGGCUGCCCUAUGGGGCUGCACCCACCCUGCUGCAGCCUGGGGGACCCGAGCAAGAGCCCCCCUUCAGCUCUGUGCCGCCGCUGCCCAUUCAGAAGAUCCCCGAGGGCCAGGAGCUGUACUCCUGCACAGAAAAGAGCUUUCCCCCAAAGGAGCCGCUCCUGCCACCACAGCACGCUGCCCUGGGAGAGCAGGCCUUCCCCUGUGUCCAGUGCGGGGAGGGCUUCUGUCAGAAGGUGGCUCUCCUCAGGCCACAACACGGGCCCACCACUGAGGCUCCCGGUGCUGGCACAGCAGCCUUCACCCAUGGCCCUCACCUCCUGGGGCCGCUGGGCGUGCAGCCGGUCCUUGGCGAGGCGACCGCCGCGGCCACCGCGGCCCCUGGGGCAGAGAAGCCCUUCAUCUGUAACCAGUGCGGCAACAGCUUCGGCCUCUGGCUCUCCCUCGUGGCUCACCAGAAGAGCCACACCGGGCAGAAGUGCUACCCGUGCCCUGAGCACGAGAAGAGCUCCGGCGAUGAGCUCUCCCCUAAAGCCCUCCAGGACAAGCAGGUGGAGGGGAGGGCCUGGCUGUGCCCUGAGUGUGGCAGAAGCUUCCCCCAGUACGAGCGGUUGGUGAAGCACCGGCAGAACCACCGCGGCAGAGGGCCCUACCGCUGCGAUGUCUGCGGCAAGAGGUUCAGCCUCAAGACCAACCUGGUGACUCACCAGCGCAUCCACACCGGUGAGCGGCCCUUCACCUGCGGCGUCUGCGGCCGCCGCUUCAACCAGAAAGGCAACCUGGUGACCCACUACCGCACCCACACCGGGGAGCGCCCCUUUGCCUGCACCCAGUGUGGCAAGCGCUUUGCCCAGAAGCCCAACCUCAUCGCCCACCAGAAGACCCACACGGGCCGGCAGCCCUUCACCUGCCUCGAGUGUCCCAAGCGCUUCAAGAGCAAGCUGUCCCUGCGGGUGCACCAGCGGGUGCACGUGGCCGAGCGGCCCCAGGGAGAGCCAGGCCAGCCCCCCGCACCGCAGGGCCACGCCAGCAGCCCCUUCCCCUGCUCGCUGUGUGGGGAGAGCUUUGAGGAGCACGGGGAGCUGCAGCUGCACCGCCAGGGCCACGCUGGGGAGCGGCCCCACGCCUGCGCCGAGUGUGGGAAGCGCUUCCGCCAGAAGGUGAACUUGGCUGUUCACCAGAGGACCCACACCGGGGAGAGACCGUUCCGCUGCGCCGAGUGCGGCAAGGGCUUCAGCCAGAAGGCUCACCUGCUCCGGCACCGCAGGACGCAUGCCGGUGCCAUCCCACCUUCCUGCUGCAAGGGCACCUGCCCGGCACACCAGGAUGAGCCGGAUGGCAGUGGCGCUCCCCUGGGAAAAGGCUCGGAGCCCCCCAGCCUGCUGCUGCCCCCCUGCUCCCGUGGAGCUGCUCAUGGAUCGCUGCCUCGGGAUGAGCUCCGGCCGGGAGCGCAGCCCCCCAACAGACCCGAGAGCCCCUCGGGCGCAGCCGACAUCCUCCUGCAGCUGAUGCAGGAAGAGCAGCAGCACCUGGUGCCUGGCUCCCACACCCCGCAGGAGGGACCUCCGGGGCCCUGUAAGUGCGCCGAGAGCGGGGAGGGCUUGAGCCCAAAGCCGCCGAGCCUGCUGCCGCAGUGCUGCUGUGCUGACUGCCUCAGCCAGCGGCAGCUGCUCCUCAAGCCGCAGCCCGAGUGCCGAGCGGAGCUCUGGUGCAAGUACGGCGGCUGUGCCAGGAGCUUUGAGGAGAAACGAGUCCUGAGAGUGCCUGAGAGAGCGCACGGCGAAGAGAAGCCCUCGCCGUGCCCCAGCUGCUUGUAACGCCGGUGCGGGCUGCCCAGAGCCGCCUCUGGCGAGAGCCUGCAUCACCUUGCUCCUGCACUAAAAGACACCGAAGCUGAAGAGGCGGCAGCUCGCGCUCGCCAAAUGAGGACAGUGCCGAGGGAGAGCCGCUGGCCGGGACUCGUGGUGCCUGCCAGGACACAGAGGUGACGGCUCAGGAGGCUCCACGGCCCCCGUGCAGGACUCGGGAAGCAGGACUUGGAUGUGCCACGGGAGCUUCUGUCUUCUGAACGUACCAAAUCUGUAGGGGGAACAGAGCUGAGGAGCAGAGACAGACCCUGGAUCUGCGACGCCAGCUCCUGCUGUGGCUGCGGAGACUGUUGUGAAUGGGAAGAGCUUGGGAUCUGAGAUCCAUCGGCUUAAAAAUCCACUUCUGCCAGGCAGUGGCACAUCUUGCCUGCUCCUGCCUCCAUCUCCAUCAUGCUGGGUGAUGCAUGGACCCAGAGAUGCUGCGGGGCCUGCAUGGGACCUCCAUGGGUCAAGAGCUUCUCUCAGAACCCUCUGUCCUCUUCCAGAGUGGAUGUCACUCCACAAGGAUGCAUUUGGGAUGGAGAGCUGUGACCCACUGGCCUGGCCAGAGGGAGACUGGGACUCAGCUGGGACUUCCUCUUGAUAGGCAGCACAGUCGAGCCUGGGGCUACCCCAGGGGUGGCAGGAGGAGCCAGGAAAAUGGGGAAAAGCUGGGAAAAUGGCCUGGAAGCAUCUCAGCUCACCUCUGUUUCUGAAAGAGACCUGGAGAAGCUUCUCCUCUGAGGUCGGAGGGGCACAGGGGAAGACGGGGGGUGGGAAAGGGGGGGGUGGUGGGUGCUUACGCUUCUCUGCUUGCUCUGUGGGUAAUCGUUCUGCCUUGCGCCUCUUUCUGGUACUCACUUCACUCCUGAACAGGUAACAUGGACACGCCAGGGGAGCUGCAGCGGCUGUGGUCUUGCUGGAGCUGCUGUAGCUGUUGGCACUGGUGGCGGUGUCUGCCCCUUUCCCUGCUAGCAGCUGGGGGGCUGCAGGAGGUACAGGGCUCAUCGGGCAUCUCUGCUUCCCCCUCAGUGCAGCAGAGCCAUGGAGCUGCGUGGUCGGGGCAGAAACAGGAAUAGGAUGCUCAAAAGAUGUCCUGAUCCAAAAGGGGAAAAGAGCUUUGCCUGCUGCCGGAGGGAAACCGGUGCCUCCCUGUGCGCGGCUCCAGCCACUGGGCAAAGACCUUCCUUGAGAACAAGGCGAGGGGGGGUGUCACCAGUGCCCAGCUGGGUGCAGCGCUGUGCAUGUCUUUGGGGUGCAUCCAAAGGGAUGCAGCGUGCAGCUUUGCCAUCCACCAUGGCCAAGGGGACGCCAGGACACAGGUCACAACCAGAGCCUCGCCACUCCCCUUCCCUCUCGCUCUGCUCCAGCUGCGUUUCAGGUCCUUGCAAUUCUAUUUUUUGAGGUUAUUUAAAAUAAAAGCUUUCUCACAGCA